AUUUUAUUCAUUUCAUAAAUUUGUAUAUUUACGAGGAAAUAAGAAUUCAAUCAAAUUAAAUAUGUAUUGGUUGUCAUGUGAGCACAUACUCGUCAGAAUCAAACUCCUCCUGUCUGCUCUGCAUUGAGCUUGAGUCCAAGACCAUCUUAUAUAGAAGUCCUCCAAUCUUUUCUCAUUGCCUCUUUCUCCUCUUUAUUUGGUAUUCAGACAGAAAGAGUAAAAAGGCAGGAGUGGGUUUCACUUAUUUAGUAGAAUCUGAUCAAAGAAAACAUAAGAUUGUUGAGAAACUAAUCAAGAAUCAAGGAAUCAUGUCUGCAACAACAAAAACUCCAUUGUUGGAGUAUGAAGAAGUAGACCAAGAAAAGCCAAGAGGAUGUUGGAGUAAAUUUUUGGAUGUUAAAGAAGCAAAGAGUCAAGUAUUAUUUUCAGUUCCGAUGAUAAUAACAAAUGUUUCUUAUUAUUCAAUUACUUUGAUCUCUGUUAUGUUUGCUGGUCAUCUUGGUAAAGUUGAACUUGCUGGUGCUACUCUUGCUAAUUCAUGGGCUACUGUUACUGGUCUUGCUCUCAUGACUGGUCUUAGUGGGGCACUGGAGACUCUCUGUGGACAAGGAUAUGGAGCUAAGUUAUACAGGAUGCUGGGCAUCUACUUGCAAGCGUCUAUAAUAACGUCAUUCAUCAUAUCCAUUUUCAUAUCAAUUGUGUGGUUUUUCUCGGCUCACAUACUGAUAUUACUUCAACAAGAACCUGAAGUAGCAGAAAUGUCCGCCACCUACAUAAAGUAUUUGAUUCCAGGGUUAUUUGCUUAUGCAUUCUUGCAAAAUACUCUGAGAUUCCUCCAAACCCAGUCUGUAAUAUUGCCUCUAGUUAUUUGCUCGGUGGGUCCAUUGAUUCUCCAUAUUGGUAUCGCUUACACUUUAGUUUAUUGGAUGGGUCUUGGUAUUAAGGGAGCAGCUUUAUCAGCUGCGAUCUCAUUGUGGAUAUCGUUCAUUAUGUUGGCACUAUAUGUGAACUACUCAGAGAAAUUCAAAUAUACAUGGGAAGGACCUUCAACAGAAUGCUUCAGAUACAUUCUCCCAUAUAUGAAAUUGGCAAUCCCAUCUGCAGUGAUGGUCUGUUUGGAGUACUGGGCUUUUGAAAUUCUGGUUUUACUUGCUGGAUUGAUGCCACACUCGGAAAAUAGUACUUCGUUGAUUGCAAUGUGCGUGAACACCGAAGCAGUUACUUUUAUGAUUACUUACGGUUUUAGUGCUGCAGUGAGUACAAGGGUUUCAAAUGAGUUGGGAGCUGGAAAUGCUGAUGGGGCUAAGAAUGCUGUGGCAGUGACUUUAAAGCUUUCUGUCCUUCUUGCUCUUACAGUUAUUGUAUCUCUGCUCUUCGGCCAUGAUCUAUGGGCUAGUGCCUUCAGUGACAGCCCUGAUAUAAAGAGGGAAUUUGCUAAUAUGACCCCUUUACUGGCCAUCUCCAUAUUAUUUGAUUCGGCACAAGGUGUUUUGUCAGGGGUAUCAAGGGGAUGUGGAUGGCAACACUUGGCUGCUUGGACUAACUUGGGAGCUUUCUAUAUGGUUGGCAUGCCUAUAGCUGUUCUCCUCGCGUUUAAGUUUGCAUUUUAUGCAAAGGGAUUAUGGAUUGGCUUAAUUUGCGGGCUCUCUACCCAAGCUUGCAUUCUUCUAGUGAUAACAUUGCGUACCAAAUGGUCGGCACUGCAAUUAUCUGUGACCAAUGAGAAACACACCACAGUUCUGGUGUAGUAAGUCUACAGUUGUAAAGGCAACAUUUUAUAUGAAUAACACAAGUCCUACGGAAGGAAUCAUAUUGGCUUGAAAUCUGCAGAUGUUAGAAGAUAUCAUAACAGAAAUCAUUGGCUGAAAAGCUUGUGGGUAAAAUAACCGUAUUUGGCAGAGUUUGUGCAGAGGAGAGAUUUUGGUAGUUGGUUACUGGUGAAUGUGAUGAAGCCUGUUUGUUGUUCCUCUAACUUCCAGUGUAGAAAAAAUGUUGUUGCAGCAAAACAGGCAGGUUUUAUAUCAAAACUUAUCUUUGUAAUGUCUAUUGUGAACAUAUUUUGUUACAUUUGUUAAUUCUUAAUUUAUUUCGUGUUCUUAAUAUACAUUUUUGAUCUCUCAAA